AUGGCCGACCCCGGAGCUGGACACCGGUUUCCCUCCCGGGAUGUUAGCUGGCUGAAGAGGGACACCCUUCUCUUUGCUAAUAGUAUUGGAUGCACGGCUGAUGAACUCCAUUUUUUAUAUGAACUUCACCCUAAUUUCACCAUGUUUCCGACGUAUCCCAUUAUCCUUCCAUUCAAGCAUACGCAACAGGACGUAGUCGAUUUCUAUGGAGCGCAGUCCCAGGAAGCGAUCCCUGGAGUUCCUAAGUUUGAUAACCGCCGCGUUGUCGACGGGCAACGAAAGAUGAUUUUCCACAAACCCCUCCCCGUUACCAGUGAAGGCCGUAAAUUUGAGCUUCGAUCGAAAGUCAUUGGGGUCUAUGAUAAAGGCAAAGCUGGAUCUGUGGUGGAAACCCAACAGGAGAUUGUCGAUAAAGAGUCUGGCGAAGUCUACUCAACUGCUGUAGGAAGCGGCUUCUACGUUGGACAAGGCAAUUGGGGUGGGCCUAAAGGGCCUGCUACCGUUAACUACCCUCCGCCCAAAGGCCAAAACCCUGACGUCGUGUAUGAUUACCAAACCACAGCUAUUACCCCCUUACUUUACCGCUUGAACGGCGACUACAACCCCCUCCACGCCGAUCCAGAACCCGGAAAAAAGAUGGGAUUCGGCGGUGUAAUCAUUCAUGGUCUCUUUAGCUGGAACAUGGCUGCUCAUGCUAUCUUGAAAGAGCUAGGCGGCAGCGAUCCCCGGAAUCUGUGCGAAUUCCAAGCUCGCUUUGCAUCGCCUGUACGGCCUGGCGAUAAGCUCACAACAGAGAUGUGGAGAACAGCAAAGAAAGAAGACGGCUUCGAAGAAGUUAUCUUCGCAACCAAGAACCAAGAAGGCAAGGUGGUUCUAAGCAAUGGUCGUGCCUUAGUGAAAGUUGCUGAAUCCAAGAGUAAACUUUAG